GCCCGGCGGGCUCGGCCUCCUCCAUGGCGCAGGAGGAGGAGAAGCAGGCGAUGGAGAAGAUGCUGGAAGCGGCUGGAGGCGCUCAGGAGAACGGCUGCGCCCGCACGCCUUCUCCCACCGCCGCUCCCGCCGAUGGUGAGGGGGUGGCCUUGCAGCGCUCCAUCACGCUGAUCAACGGCGUGGCCAUCAUCGUGGGGACCAUCAUCGGCUCCGGCAUCUUCGUCACCCCCACCGGGGUGUUGCGGGAGGCCGGCUCGCCGGGUCUGUCGUUGGUGGUGUGGGCCGUCUGCGGGGCCUUCUCCAUCGUGGGCGCUCUGUGCUACGCCGAGCUGGGCACCACCAUCACCAAGUCCGGCGGGGACUAUGCCUACAUGCUGGAGGUGUACGGCUCCCUGCCCGCCUUCCUCAAGCUCUGGAUAGAGCUGCUCAUCAUCCGACCCUCCUCGCAGUACAUCGUAGCUCUGGUCUUCGCCACCUACCUGCUGAAGCCCAUCUUCCCCACCUGCCCGGUGCCUGACGAGGCUGCCAAGCUGGUAGCCUGUCUCUGUGUCCUGCUCCUCACAGCAGUGAACUGCUACAGUGUGAAAGCUGCUACCCGUGUUCAGGAUGCCUUUGCUGCAGCCAAGCUGCUGGCGCUGGCUUUGAUCAUCAUUCUUGGCUUCGUUCAGAUUGCAAAGGGUGAUGUGACGAGACUGACUCCUGAGUGCUCCUUUAAAGACACAAAAGUGGGCGUGGGGAACAUUGUGCUGGCCUUGUACAGUGGUCUUUUUGCCUACGGAGGGUGGAAUUACUUGAAUUUUGUUACAGAAGAGAUGAUAAAUCCCUACAGAAACCUGCCUCUGGCUAUCAUCAUCUCACUACCUGUAGUCACUUUGGUUUAUGUGCUGACAAACUUGGCUUACUUCACAACCCUGUCCACGGAGCAGAUGCUGACGUCCGAAGCCGUGGCUGUGGUAGGUGCAUUUCUGAUGUGACUCAUCUGGCUUCCAGGGCUGGUUAAAUUGAACCUACAAUCUCUGCAUACAUCUCCUACUUUGUCCCUUGUUGAUCGUGGCUGCUUAUAGGAA